CAAGUCUAGUCAAAGUCAGUUUGAAUUUACGCGGCUCGGACGGGGAAUUGGCUUUGUUGUUGAAUGAUUGUUUGGUAAAAAAAAGUUAAAAAAUUCAUAAAUUCUGUUGAUAAAACUAUGGAUAUUAAUAAGAUUUUCAUAAAACUCAAAGAAUUGGGUCAUGCAAAUAGCAGACGUGAUGAAUUACGUGAAUAUUGCAAACUGAAUCUUGAACAGAUAUUGAAGUUAUUACCUAGGCGCAUUGUGAGUAGUGAUGGAGCAAAUAUUUUGGAUUGUUUAUUCAAUGGAAUACCUGAUAACCCCUCAACAUCUCUUAGGUACAAAGUAAAGAUAGUAGAUAUAGUUCUACAGACUAUGAGAAAAGAGUCAACAUCUCUGAGUCACUGCGGAGAUGUUAUAAGCCGCCUCUGUCUCGAGCUGCCACGGAUGCCAGCAGAGGACCUGGUCAGAUGGUGCAAUGACAGUGUGCAGUCUAUUGUGGACGAUGGAGAUGUUAACAUGAUUUGGAGAGAUGUCCUGCCGGAAUGCCUCACAGGUCUGUCCUCACAGUCCACAAUAAAACACUGCGGCACAGAGCUAACAGUCAGUGAAUAUAAAGAGCAGUGUAUCCACACUUUGUGUCAGUGUCGGUGGAAGGAGAAGCAGUUGGUACAACUUGCUGCUAUGUUCAAAGAUAUGCAGCUUACCCGUAAUGACCACAAGCAAGCAGUCAACAAACUGUGUUCAUACAUCAUGGAUGUGCCUCCUGAUACCUUACCUCCUCUAGUACAUCAACUGCUCAAGCUAUGCAAGGUCCACAACGUGGAGAUAGUGCUGGCCCACCUGAGCCGCUACUUCGGCGCGAGACUGUACAGCAAGCUGGAGCCUCCGCCGCAGGACUCAGAGUCUACCACCAUGGACAUUGAUGAUAUUGUGCCCCACAGUGCAGCGGAACUAAGCCGCUGUCUAUCCACCAUCCUGUACCACGUGACGCAGGGCGCGGCGGAACCGGAAGUGGUCCGGAAGCAGCUUCGGCUGUGGCCCCGGACGCAGCUGUUGCGGGCGCCCUUCCUGCUCGAUGUGGCGCUGGCCUUGUCUGACAAGGGAGCGGACUUCAGAUCUGUUUGUUUGGAUGUGAUAAAAUCGGCCAUAGAGCAGCGGAUCCAGGACGAGCUGCGCAGCAAAGAGUCCUGUUGGGUGCGCUCGGUGCUGCCGCCGGAUGUAGAUGUCGCUAGUGUGCUCAAAGUGCUUACUACUGAGAGCGCCAACCACCGGGAGUUAACCGUUAUGGGUCUGAUCAACCUCGCAUUUUCCCUUCUCUCUGUGUCCCGACUUAAACCUGUGGCGCCAUCUUGUUGGUCGCACGGGAAAUUGAUUUUGGUGCGACUUUCCAAGUCCCAGCCUGAAACGGCGUCGCAUAUAUUGAGUUUGUUAGCUGACCGCCUGGCUGGAGGGUGUCAGCUGAGGCAGUACGCUGAUUGCCUCCACGUCCUCUGCAAGUUGACCCCAGUAUCUGUUGAGCGUUGCACGGAAUUGGCAGCCAUAUUGGAAUGCUGCCAGCCUUCUCCAACGGAUUAUAAAUCCGCGGCAGCUGUUUUAGACGCGGUACAUCCGCUGAUCAACUUCAGUACUAGGACCAGGGACACUAUCGUGAUGGUAUGCAGGAAGGGAUUAUAUUCCAGGGACCCGAACCACCGCUGCCUGGCGCUGUCGGGGUUCCUCAGCGUGCUGCGCCACGUGCGACUGAACAGUUCCACGUUCAGCAGCAGCCAGAGCGCCCACAGCGACCACUAUAGCUCACACUCCUACCUAACUCAGAUCUGUGUUGAUCUGCACGCCACUCAACAUGGCGCUGUGACGUCUCGCGUCCGCAACGAAGCCAUGUGUUUGGAAGUGAUCUCGAUAUUACGCCGUUGUCUGGGGCAAGACGCCACGGUCAAACAGCUCUUGUAUACCAAAAUUUACGACUGCGUGAAAGAAAAGACAGUGCUUCACGACGUAAUACUGGAGCUGUUAUAUGAACAGCUCCAGAAGUAUCUGCCUGAGGACGGAGAGGGUACAUUGAAGUGGGAGAAAUGUAUACAGAUCAAUGCCACUUCGGCUUUAUUAGUAGAGCCAAUUGCAAACCUUCUAUACGUAAUAGCAGAAUUUCUGCAACCAGUGGAAGAGGAUUUAGAAGACAUAUUAGGCAGUCAGAACGGGGAGCCGAGCGCCAUAUUCCUUAAAACGAAGCUAAUGAAUCUGCUUGACAAACACGAGCUAUUCACCAGUGGUGUUGAUAUGGAGGACCUAGGUAUCUCAGACAUAACCCCGGAGUCAAAGUUCAAGAGUCUAAAGGUCCAACAAAUUCUACAAUGUUACGAGGCACUCAUAGCUCAUAGGGUGAUGCAGUGGAACGCAAACAGUACAGAUGUGGCGAACAACGUGUAUAGUCUGUAUAAGGCGCAUAGCCAGCUGUUGGAGCGGGCCAAGACGUCACCGAAAUCCGCGAAGAAGGGCAACAAGACUCUAAACGAAACGCAAAAGACUCAGAAGAGUCAAAAGUCUCAGAAGGAGAAAGGGAAGACUCCAGCUAAAUUGUCCAACAUGGUGAAGGAUAGGGCGGGGCCCUUCAGGCCGCUGGCGUGCGGCUGGCGGCUGCCCGUGUGCCUGAAGCUCGUGCAGUUGUUGUACAGCCCGGAGAGCCCGCGCAGCCGGCGAGACCAGCGAGACCAGCUCCGCGGCCGCCCGGAGCUGCACCAGCUCUGUCUCAGCUCCGCGCUGUCCGCGCUGGCGGCGCUGGCGGCGGACCUCGCGCGCCGCGACGUGGCCACACACGUUGUCGCUAUAGCCGCCAUUGUGUACAACCAGUGUCUUUGCAGGUACCAAGAUAUGUGCACAUUCGACGAGCAAACGACGCUGCUAUGUCUCGAUCUGUUCAAAGCAUGCCUGAACAUAUUACUCUCGCCGAACCACUCACUGCGAGUGGAGAGCUUCUUGCCUACUAUCACCGGGAUGCCAGAAGCGACAGCUUCGUCCUGCGUCGCGUCGGUACUAGAGAAAGUGCACGAUGCUCUCGUACUAGCUUCAGAAGAAAGUGUCGAGGACAAUGAUACGGGGCUGAAGAAAUCUGUGGCCGCUUUGGCACAGAUUGCUGAAGUGUGUCUGAUGGUGCCGGGGUUGCAUUCCGCAGAAAUUAGUGGGGCCACAAUAAAGCUGGAAGAGUACGUCCGCGGCAGCAAGACCCCCGAGGCGAGCCUGCGCAUGACGCGGGCGCUGCUGCGCGCCGGGCGCCGCGCGCUGCUGCACGCGCUGCUGGCGAAGCUGGCGCACAGCUUGGCCAGGAUCGAUGAAGAAGACACAUCGGCCGGUGGGGAGGAAACCUCAGACUUCCCGAGCAUAGACUCAAGAACCGGACACACAGUGCUUCAGUACAUUUGUUCGCACUUGGCCGACCAGCUACAGUGCGUCGAGCAUCUCAUACUGCGCGCCAAAGAUCUCUCCGGUGUAGUGUACGAUCACAACCAGCAAAUAAGCAGAGAACUAAAAGAGCUAUACAAAAGCAUACUAAUCCAGCUAUGUCAACUAACAACCUGGACUACUCGCGUGUGCAAACUGAGGUGUAGCGUCGGCAGCGGCAGCGAGAGGGUUGUGGCGACCGCCUUGAAGCUGUACACUGUACUGGCCACGCUCGCUAAGUGUAUCACUGUUGAUAUGGCCGUGUUGGUCAGAUUCGAGCGCCUACUAAAACUGUGCGGCAAGAAGUUAUCAUCUGUGACAGACAACCUCAUAACCUAUCUGGAGGCGUCGCAACAACAGCAGACCGCGAGCAAAGUGCUCAAAGACACUAAGCUCAUACCGCGGCUUGUUCUGCAGUGUGAGCAGUUCAGCAAACACGUCAUUUUGUUAGCUGCCAAAGGGAAGCUCAAUUACCAGCAGUACCUGUCUCUGGGCACGGCGCGAGACUUCAGGAUAAAGGCUCCAGUACUGCAGGAGGCGCUCAAUGCUAUAGAGAACAGGAUAGACGACGCCUCCGACAAUGAAGAACAAGUAAACAUCAAUGACGCAGAAACCGAAGUCCUAGCUCGAGGCAGUGGUUCCGAAGUGAGUGACGACGAAAAAAAUAACAGAAAAAGACGUCGAGUGUCGUAAAUGUGCGAACCCAACCGAAAGUGAGAGCGCCUUUUAUUAAUGUUACAAAUGUGAUUACGACUUGUAAGAUUACUGUUACGUUUAUGUAAAUUAAUAAAUCGGUAUAUCAAAUCAA